CAAGUGCUUUUUUAGUACCACAACCCUCCAUCAAUAAAGACCAAGGCAGUUAUUCCUGCCAGUACUUGUUCAGUACCUGAGUGCAGCGUUGUGUCAGUCUGAAACAGACCAGAAGUCAUGGAUGACGUAUAUAAGGCGGCAGUUGAGAACUUGACAGAGGAACAGAAAAAUGAGUUCAAGGCUGCAUUUGACAUCUUCAUCCAGGAUGCUGAGGAUGGUUGUAUCAGCACCAAAGAAUUGGGGAAGGUGAUGAGAAUGCUGGGACAGAAUCCCACCCCUGAAGAGUUACAGGAGAUGAUUGAUGAGGUGGAUGAGGACGGCAGCGGCACAGUAGACUUUGAUGAGUUCUUGGUUAUGAUGGUUCGCUGCAUGAAAGAGGAGAGCAAAGGAAAAUCAGAGGAAGAGCUGGCGGAACUUUUCCGAAUGUUUGACAAGAAUGGAGAUGGUUACAUCGACUUGGAAGAAUUGAAGACCAUGCUGGACUCCACUGGAGAGGCCAUCACUGAAGAUGACAUUGAGGAGCUAAUGAAGGAUGGAGACAAAAACAAUGAUGGCAAGAUCGAUUACGACGAGUUCCUGGAGUUCAUGAAAGGUGUUGAAUAAAGGAUUCGACUUGCUUCACAUUAUUACAUUCAUCUUCACUUUGUAUUGACAAGAUCAUCUAAGGCCCCUCCUGAAGACACAUCCUCCUUUGUAAACAAUAUACAAUGUUUGUGCUCUCAGCUAUUCUCAAACUGUCACAAAGCCUAAAAGGCCUACAAAAAGUGUCACUGAGUUAAAAAAUUGAGUUGGCAAAUCAAAGAAAGACUAUUUUGAAUAAAACUAUUUCUGUAA